AGAAGGAGAGGAAGAGAGGUGCUGGUGGAAGACGAGGAAGAAGAAAAGGAAGGUAGUAGCUUGUCCCGUCGUCGAGAUCGAGAGAGUUUAGAGUUUAGGAGAGAGCCAGAGCAAUCCCCCCUCUCUUCUUUUUCUUUCUCUCUCUCUCUCUGUCUCUCUCUCUCCCUCUCUCCAGUCUCUUCGAGUCUCUGCGAGGGAUCGUUUUUGCGCGAAUCGUGCGUGCGGUCAACCGGAAGAAGAAACGAAUAAGAACGGCGCCGUGUACGCGGUGCUCGAAGAAGAAGAAGAAGACGAAGCAAAGGAUAAAGGAUUAUCGAAACGGAGGUGGUGGUAUGUGGUGAUAUCGAAUCUUUUCUUUUUUUCUUUUCUUUUCGUUUCCUUCUCGUUCUACACGGUCGUUCGUUGAUCGUUCGUUACGAGGAAGGGCUACUGUGUUCGUCGAGGAGACGGAGCCGUUCGUCGAGUGGUGGUGUGGUUUGUCUUAAAGUGGUGCCUCAGCACGAAGAGGGAAUCGCCAGCAGGGCAGAGGCUCGAACGCAUGUAGGAACAUGGCCGCAACCAGCCCCUGCCUCCCUCUAGAGGUUGGCAGCGCACGAGGCGGCACAAAGGGACCCUGGAUACGCGAGUCAGUACAGGAGAAGGCCGAGGUUGGCCGGACUGAGUGGUCUCGGUGACUGGACUAGCUUUGGAGGGGAGGUACCUGGUCUGGUGGACAUGGCGCCAGGCCGGGAUCAGGGCGGAGGGGCGGGUGGCGGUGGGGGAGGCGGCAAGGGCACCACGUCGUUGUUCAUCCUCUCGGAGGAUAACUGCAUCCGGAAGCAUACCCGGUUCAUAAUCGAGUGGCCGCCCUUCGAGUACGCCGUCCUGCUCACCAUCAUCGCCAAUUGCGUGGUCCUCGCUCUCGAGGAACACCUGCCCAAGCACGACAAGACCAUACUCGCGCAGAAGCUCGAGGCCACCGAAAUCUAUUUCCUCGGGAUCUUCUGCGUCGAGGCGAGCCUCAAGAUCCUCGCCCUUGGCUUCGUCCUCCACCGUGGCUCCUAUCUGCGCAACAUCUGGAACAUCAUGGAUUUCUUCGUCGUGGUGACCGGGUCGAUGACCGUGUUCGCCGAAACAAACGUGGACGUCGACCUGCGUAUGCUACGUUCCUUCAGGGUCCUCAGACCGCUAAAGCUGGUUUCGAAAAUUCCAAGUCUCCAGGUGGUGCUCAAGUCUAUUAUCAAGGCGAUGGCUCCGCUUCUGCAGAUCGGCUUGCUGGUGCUGUUCGCCAUCGUGAUAUUCGCCAUCAUCGGCCUCGAGUUUUAUUCGGGAACCCUGCAUAAAACGUGUUACAGCAUCCGGGAUAUCAAUUUUAUCAUGAAGGACGGCGAACAGCCGAGCCCGUGUAACACGGACAACAAAAUAGAGGCGCCGUUCGGGGCCCACGUGUGCGACGCGAACGUCUCGACGUGCAUGGAUCACUGGGAGGGACCAAACUUCGGCAUCACCAGCUUCGACAACAUCGGAUUCGCCAUGCUCACUGUCUUCCAGUGUAUCACUAUGGAGGGCUGGACUGCCAUAUUGUACUGGGUAAAGGACGCUCUUGGCAGCACGUACAACUGGAUUUACUUUAUACCAUUGAUCGUCCUUGGCUCAUUCUUCAUGCUGAACUUAGUUCUCGGUGUUUUGAGCGGAGAGUUUGCAAAGGAGAGAGAGAAGGUGGAGAACCGGCAGUCGUUCCUGAAAUUACGGAGACAGCAGCAGCUCGAGCACGAACUGAUCUGCUACCUGAACUGGAUCUGCAAAGCAGAGGAGGUAAUACUCGCGGAAGAAAGGACCACGGAAGAGGAGAAGCUGCACAUAUUAGAAGGAAGAAGAAGAGCCGCGGCCAAAAAGAAGAGACUGAAGAACCUUGGGAAAAGUAAAAGCACGGACACAGAGGAAGAGGAGGGCGAUGACGACCAGGACGACGGGUACUCGAGAUCAUCCUACAUCAAGUCGAGGGUGGAGGACAAAGGUACCUGCGCGCAAUUCUGGCGGGCGGAGAUGAGGUUCAGGUUUUGGAUCCGAAAGUCCGUGAAAUCGCAGAAGUUCUACUGGUUCGUUAUCGUUCUUGUGUUCUUCAACACCGUGUGCGUAGCCGUCGAGCAUUACGGUCAGCCGCAGUGGCUUACCGAUUUUCUCUACUUUGCGGAGUUCGUGUUCCUGGCGCUGUUCAUGAUGGAAAUGUUCAUUAAAGUGUACGCGCUCGGCCCUCGCACAUACUUCGACUCGAGCUUCAAUCGUUUCGACUGCGUCGUCAUCUCGGGAUCGAUCUUCGAAGUGAUCUGGUCCGCGUUGAAGUCCGGAUCAUUCGGUCUCUCCGUCCUACGUGCCCUUAGACUCCUGCGAAUUUUUAAGGUCACCAAAUACUGGAAGAGCCUGAGGAACCUCGUAAUAUCGCUGCUCAACUCGAUGCGUAGCAUCAUCUCCCUGCUCUUCCUGCUCUUCCUCUUCAUUCUCAUAUUCGCGCUGCUCGGCAUGCAGCUGUUCGGUGGCCAAUUCAAUUUCGAUUACGGCACGCCGCCCACGAACUUCAACACCUUUCCCAUCGCGCUGCUCACUGUCUUCCAGAUCCUGACCGGAGAAGAUUGGAACGAAGUGAUGUACCAGGGUAUCGAGUCGCAAGGUGGUCACAGGAGGGGCAUGGUGUACUCGCUCUACUUCAUCGUGCUGGUGCUCUUCGGCAACUACACGCUGCUGAACGUGUUCUUGGCUAUCGCCGUCGACAAUCUGGCGAACGCACAGGAGCUGAGCGCCGCCGAGGACGAGCAGCAAGUCGAGGACAAGGAGAAGCAGGCUCAGGAACUCGAAAAGGAAAUCGAGUCCCUGCAGAAGCCCAAAGACGGUAACGCGCCCAAAGUGGAAAUCUGCCCUCCGAGUCCGAACCAGAAUUUCAAAGACGGAAAAGGUGGGAAACAGUCGUCCGAAGAGAAGAAGCAGGAUGAAGAAGAUGACACGGGACCAAAACCAAUGCUGCCAUACUCCUCCAUGUUUAUACUGUCCCCUACGAAUCCCAUACGAAGGGCCGCCCAUUGGGUCGUCAACCUGAGGUACUUCGACUUCUUCAUAAUGGUGGUGAUAUCGUUGUCGAGUAUCGCGUUAGCCGCCGAAGAUCCCGUUUGGGAGGACUCGCCGAGGAACGAGGUUCUGAAUUAUUUCGACUACGCGUUCACCGGUGUCUUCACCGUCGAGAUGAUACUGAAGAUCAUCGAUCUCGGCAUCAUACUUCACCCGGGCUCGUAUCUGCGCGAGUUCUGGAACAUUAUGGACGCAGUGGUGGUGAUAUGCGCCGCGGUUUCGUUCGCCUUCAACAUGACCGGUAGUUCCGCCGGACAGAAUCUCUCGACGAUCAAGUCGCUGAGAGUGCUUCGAGUGCUCAGGCCGUUAAAAACGAUUAAAAGGGUGCCGAAGCUGAAGGCGGUCUUCGACUGCGUGGUGAACAGUCUGAAAAACGUCAUUAACAUUCUCAUAGUGUAUAUAUUGUUCCAAUUCAUUUUCGCUGUAAUCGCGGUGCAGCUGUUCAACGGCAAGUUCUUCUACUGCACUGACGAGAGCAAGUAUACGGAACAGGAUUGCCAGGGUCAAUAUUUCGUUUUCGAAGAGGGCGCCAUGCUGCCGGAACCGAAGAAACGCGAAUGGCAUACACAGUGUUUUCACUACGACAACGUGAUGGCCGCGAUGCUAACGUUGUUCGCGGUGCAGACCGGCGAGGGUUGGCCGCAGAUCCUGCAGAACUCGAUGGCGGCCACGUACGAGGACAAGGGUCCCAUCCAGAAUUUUCGUAUAGAGAUGUCCAUUUUCUACAUCGUCUACUUCAUCGUCUUUCCAUUCUUCUUCGUCAACAUCUUCGUGGCCUUGAUUAUCAUCACGUUCCAGGAGCAAGGAGAGGCCGAACUGCAAGACGGCGAAAUCGACAAGAAUCAGAAAUCUUGCAUAGACUUCACGAUACAAGCUCGACCGCUGGAAAGGUACAUGCCGAAAGAGCGCAACAGCGUAAAGUACAAAAUAUGGAGGAUAGUGGUAUCGACGCCGUUCGAAUAUUUUAUCAUGGGUCUCAUCGUAUUAAACACUUUACUACUCAUGAUGAAGUUCCAUCGGCAAAGCGACGCGUACAAGAACACGCUGAAGUACAUGAACAUGUGCUUCACGGGGAUGUUCACCGUCGAGUGCAUACUGAAGAUCGCCGCUUUCGGCGUGAGGAACUUCUUCAAGGACGCCUGGAACACGUUCGACUUCAUCACGGUGAUCGGCAGCAUCGUGGACGCCCUCGUGAUCGAAUUCGGGGAGAACUUUAUCAACGUCGGAUUCCUGAGGCUGUUCCGUGCCGCCAGGCUGAUCAAACUACUCAGGCAGGGUUACACGAUACGAAUUUUACUCUGGACCUUUGUACAAUCCUUUAAAGCUCUGCCUUACGUUUGUCUCCUCAUCGCGAUGCUGUUUUUCAUCUACGCUAUCAUCGGUAUGCAGGUAUUCGGUAACAUCGCGCUGGAUCCCGAGAGUUCUAUUACCAAGCACAACAAUUUCCAAAGCUUCAUUCAAGGUCUGAUGUUGCUUUUUCGAUGCGCGACCGGCGAGGCUUGGCCGAACAUCAUGCUGUCCUGCAUCAAGGGUCGACCGUGCGACGUGAAGGCCGGCAAACAGGAGCCAGGCGGCUGUGGCUCGAACAUCGCGUACGCUUACUUCGUCUCGUUCAUCUUCUUCUGUUCGUUCCUCAUGCUGAAUCUGUUCGUCGCCGUAAUCAUGGACAACUUCGAUUAUCUCACGAGAGACUCGUCGAUCCUGGGCGCCCAUCAUUUGGACGAGUUCGUGAGGAUCUGGGCCGAGUACGAUCCGAACGCGACCGGCAAGAUCCAUUACACCGAGAUGUACGAUAUGCUCAAGAACAUGGAUCCGCCUUUGGGGUUUGGUAACAAGUGCCCGAACAGGCUCGCCUACAAGAAGCUGAUCAGGAUGAACAUGCCGGUGGACGUCGACGGAAAAGUGAACUUCACCACCACGCUGUUCGCCCUGAUUCGUGAGAAUCUUAGCAUAAAAAUGAGACGCGCGAACGAAAUGAAGCAGGCGAACGAAGAACUGAGAGACGCGAUCAGAAGUAUCUGGCCUCUGCAGGCGAAAAAGAUGUUGGACCUUUUGAUACCCAGGAGCGAAGAACUAGGCAGAGAUAAGCUGACCGUUGGUAAGAUAUACGUCUGCCUUCUGAUACUCGAAAGUUGGAGGACGACCAGGUUUGGUCAGAUAGAGUCGACCGGACAGCAAUCGGCCUUCCUCAACUGCAUACUGGACGUGACGGCCGUGAAUCACGCCGGAAAUAGUCACGGGAGCGGAAGUAGGGCGAACAGCCUCGAGCCGGUGGUACGGCCGACACCGGACACGAAGCACGAUCAACAGAAGGAGCUCAGGGAGGAAGACGAAGGGACCCUCGGGGUCCUCGCAGCCGCCGAGCACAGACGUCAACGUAGCAUCAGAAAUAAAAAGAUGGAGCUUCAAGACGUCGUAGUCAGCGACUCGCGAGCCGGCAGCCUCGAGAGUCUCACUCACGCCGGCGAGAGACUUCAUCCGCCCGCCCAUCCAGCUAGACACGCUUCGCGUUCACCGAGCUUAAGAAGACACUCGCCGGUUGUGCACGAGUCGCAAUCGCCGCGGCGAACUAGGCACGAUCAUCACGCUUACUAUCACCACGAAGGACCAGGAUUCAGCGACACGGUUAGCAACGUCGUCGAGCUUCAGAGACACACCCAUCAUCCUCAGGCGUCACAGUACAAUCAUCGGCACAGGAUGAGAGACUAUUACGACCACUGCGACUAUUACGACGAUGGUCCGUGGAGCGCGUCGACGAGUCCUGCGAGGACACCCAGUCCAAUUCAUCACAUCGAACGAGGCCGUCACUACGGGACGACCAGCUUGGAGCAACGUUCGAGAAGCCCGAGUCCCAUCGGCGGUCGUCAGCCCGCGCAUUCGCACCAGCAUUAUCAUCGUCAUCAUCCCCAUCAGCACAGCUAUCCGGUACUGGUGACGAGAAGGGAACACCGUCGUCGGCUGCCACCGACACCGAACAAGCCCUCGACCUUGCAGCUCAAGCCGGCUAACAUAAACUUCCCGAAGUUGAACGCCUCGCCGACUCACGGACCCCACAUGCUCGGCCCACACGUGCCGAUCCCACCUGGCGUGCAGCACCCACCGCCUGGACACGUGCCAGGGAUGCAACCGCCGCCGAGCCACUGUCCUCUGAGCUUCGAGCAAGCCGUGGCGAUGGGCCGUGGAGGUCGUCUAUUGCCGAGUCCUGUGCCGAACGGUUAUAAGCCGCAGCCGCAGGCCAAACAGAGGACGCCCAGGUCGAGACACUCGGACAGCGACGAGGACGACUGGUGCUAGCCAAAGUGGGACCCUGGACGGUGGUCCGGUGACGUGGACGCCCCCAGGCGUCUUUGGGUUUGCGCGUGAAUCUUCCGUAACGGAAGGCGCAUCAAUCGAGCCGCGAAUACGGGAGCGGUGAAUGCCGAUCGACCAGAUUGGAGCUCGGGAACUUGGUCGGUUCCGAGUCAGAAGUCUGAGUUCCACGUGUCUAAACGAAAGGUGUACGCGACUGGAUCUCGCGAGACAGAAGGACAUAGGAACAGGGCGGAGGACAAGGUACCGCGCCUCGAAGUCACCAAGCAGUGUCCGGAGAUUCGUCCGGAGAAACGAUUCUCGAGGGACGGCAGAGAGGAGAUAGACGACGAACGUCCGGAGAUCGAGAGUUCAUACGAGAAUACGCGACCGAAACGAGAGCAACAUCGGAUGAUCGUUACAGGGACAACCAAACGAAACGCACGUAUAACGAAUAAUCGUCGCGGCAACAUCGACGAGGACGGUGUGCCGUGACAACGACGAUCGAAACGUCGCGUCGACUCGAACGUUCAUACGAGGAACGGACACCGACGAACGCCGCUACUCGUUGCGGUGGCCUCGUCAAAAAUCACAGUGUCGAAUGUACAGCGCCGGAUGCUACGAAACUUUUCCCUACUUUCACGCGAUACUUCUUCUUUUCGUCUCGAACUUCGAAGCUUCCUCCGCUGUGCUUUUUAAUCGACGGACCGAGCCGAGGAGGAUCCACUUUUUAUACAAUUCAACGGUCGAGCGUCUGCUUCGGAUUCUAUUUUCGUGCGGACCUGCCGAUUCUAUGAUACCGAGCUGCUCGUCGUCACGCGGGAACGCGCGACGCCCUCUCUCCGUGUCGUCACGGAACCAACAAGAUUUCAAUAGCCCGGAGGGUUUCGUCGACGACACCAGAACGCCC